GCGCGCAGUUCGGAGCUGCCAUGGAUAUUGUGUCUGGAUUUACAUUCUUAAUUAUUUUCACGUUCUGUCUGCACACUGGCAGCCUUUAUAUCGCCAAUAGCAUAGACUCGUUGCAGCACGUGCUCGGGGAGUACGGAGUGGUGACACCUAUGAGCACGGACGCAGAGGGCAGGUUUCUGUCGCACGCCGUAUCCGCCGAGCGCAUCAGCGAGCGGUUCCAUACGCGCUGGAAGAGAGAGGCGGGAUCAGCCGACGGCGAGGAGGGAGAGCACCACGCGGUGCGCGGGGAAACGCUCUUCUACAACGUCACCGUCUUCGGCCGGGAGUUCCACCUGCGCCUGCGGCUAAACUCGAGGCUGGUGGCCCCCGGAGCCAGGGUGGAGUGGCGGGAGGACGACGACGUGACGCGCUCGGAACCCAUCUUGAGCAACUGUCUGUACGUAGGUGACGUCACGGACAUAAAGGGCGCAUCUGUUGCCAUCAGCAAUUGUGACGGCUUGGCUGGGGUGAUCCGGACAGAGCAGGAGGAAUUUUUCAUCGAGCCGUUGGAGCGAGGAGGUCAUGUGACCGGCGAAGAGGAGGGAGAGGGGGGCCGACCCCACAUCGUGUAUCGCUCCUCUGCCGUCAAGAGGCCACAUGUCAAUCAAGCCCCCGACACGCACCCCCAAGGCUUGGAGCUGGGGGGUUUGAUGGACCUGGAGAUGCUGUACGGAGAGGUGGAGCAGAACCUGAACCAGAGCAGCCGCACCCGGAGACAGGCCUCCGAUGGGGUCUACAACAUCGAGGUCCUGCUUGGCGUGGACUACUCGGUGGUCCAUUUCCAUGGGAAGGAGCAUGUGCAGAAGUACCUCCUAACGCUCAUGAACAUCGUGAACGAGAUUUACCAGGACAGUUCCCUGGGGGCCCACAUCAACGUGGUCCUGGUGCGGAUUAUCAUGCUGUGCGAUAGGAAGACAUCCAAUCUGAUCGAGCUGGGGAACCCCUCUCAGAGUCUGGAGAACGUGUGCCGCUGGGCCUUCCUGCAGCAAAAGGAAAACGCGAGCGAUGCAGAGCAUCAUGACCACGCCAUCUUCCUCACCCGCCGGGAGUUUGGCCCAACUGGCAUGCAGGGUUACGCCCCGGUGACAGGCAUGUGUCACCCCGUGCGGAGCUGCACCCUGAACCAUGAGGACGGCUUCUCCUCUGCAUUUGUGGUGGCGCAUGAGACUGGACAUGUGCUAGGGAUGGAGCACGAUGGGCAAGGGAACCGCUGUGGAGAUGAGGUGCACAUGGGGAGCAUCAUGGCCCCGCUGGUGCAGGCCGCCUUCCACCGUUUCCACUGGUCCCGCUGCAGCCAGCAGGAGCUCAGCCGCUACCUGCACUCCUACGACUGUCUCCGUGAUGACCCCUUCGACCACAACUGGCCCUCGUUGCCGCAGUUACCUGGACUCCAUUACUCCAUGAACGAACAGUGCCGCUUCGAUUUUGGCGUCGGCUACAUGAUGUGCACGGCGCUGCAAAAGGUGAGCAGGUCUGCAGCACAGUACAGCACCUUUGACCCCUGCAAGCAGCUGUGGUGCAGUCACCCUGAUAACCCCUUCUUCUGCAAGACCAAAAAGGGCCCGCCCAUUGACGGCACCAAGUGCGCAGCUGGGAAGAACUGCUUUAAAGGACACUGCAUCUGGCUGACCCCCGACAUCCUGAGGCAGGAUGGCCACUGGGGCGCGUGGAGCAAGUUUGGGCCCUGCUCCCGGACCUGCGGCGGGGGCGUGCGCUUUCGGACACGGCAGUGUGACAACCCGCUUCCUGCUAACGGAGGCCGUACCUGCUAUGGCCCCACCUACGAGUUCCAGCUGUGUAACACGGAGGAGUGCGGCAAGCUCCUGGCAGACUUUCGGGAGGAGCAGUGCAAGAUGUGGGACCCUUUUUUCGAGUACCAGAACGCCAAGCACCACUGGUUGCCCUACGAGCACACUGACCCCAAGGAGAGAUGUCACCUGUACUGCCAGUCAAAGGAGACGCAGGACGUGGUGUACAUGAAGAGGAUGGUGCAUGAUGGGACACGCUGCUCUUACAGCGACCCCUACAGCGUGUGCGUACGAGGAGAUUGCGUGAAAGUGGGCUGUGACAGUGUGAUUGGGUCCACGCUGCAGGAGGACAAGUGUGGCGUCUGUGCGGGGGACAACUCCAGCUGCAACAUCGUCAAAGGCAACUUCACCCGCAGCGCCAAAAAACCAGGUUUCCUCAAGAUAUUGGAAAUUCCAAGAGGAGCAAGGCAUCUAGUCAUCCAAGAGUUUAAAGGGACAGAGCAUAUACUCGCACUGAAGAACCAAGCCACGGGACAUUUCUUCCUGAAUGAUGAGAACGAGUUCCCCGAAUCCAGGACGGUCAUCGAGAAGGGCGUGGUGUGGGAGUACCAGAAUGAUGACGACAAGGAGACGGUCCAGACCAGCGGCCCACUGAAAUAUGGCGUGCUGGUCAUGAUCCAGUCUCAUGGAGACUCCAAGGUCACUCUGUCCUACAAGUACCUGAUUGAUGAGGAGCUGCAGUCCUCCAUAGAGAGCAAUGCCUUGCAGGAGGACUCCUCGUAUUUUGAGUGGGCGCUGAAGAAGUGGUCUCACUGUACCAAACCCUGUGGGGGAGGUAAGCAGUACACGCGGUACGGCUGCAGGCGCAAGGCGGAUGGGAAGAUGGUCCAUCGCACCUACUGCCAGAACAUCAGCAAGCCCAAAGCCAUCAGCAGAGACUGCAACCAGAAGGAGUGCUCCCAGCCUGUCUGGGUGACAGGGGAGUGGGAGCCAUGCAGUAAGUCAUGCGGGAAGACAGGCAUGCAGCUGCGCUCGGUCCUGUGCAUUCAGCCUCUGCACGACGGCACCAACCGCUCUGUCCACAGCAAGUACUGCAACGACGACCGGCCAGAGGCCCGCAGGCCCUGCAACCGACACCCCUGCCCCGCCCAGUGGAGGGUGGGGCCCUGGUCCGAGUGUUCGGUGACCUGUGGCAAUGGCACUCAGGAGCGUCAGGUUCUGUGCCACACACGGGACAACAGCAUUGGACUGUGCACUGAAACCAAGCCGGAGACCGUCCGGCCCUGCUUGCUGCUGCCCUGCACGAAGGGCUCUCCUGACCACAACAGCAAAGGGAACUUCCUGAUUCACUGGCUGUCCCGACCAGACCCAGAAUUUCCCUUCCAGAAAAUCUCUUCAAGUAAACGCCAGCGCUGUCAGGGGGACAAGUCCCUCUUCUGCCGCAUGGAGGUGCUCAGCAAGUACUGCUCCCUGCCCAGCUACAGGCAGAUGUGCUGCAAGUCCUGCAAGGAGGGCAACUACACUGCUGGCCCUGGGAAUCACACCACAGCUCCGACCCCUGCAGCGAGGAAGGAUACCACUGAUCCCAGUCACACAAGCAGGAGUUACACCACAGAUCCAGCCCAUACAUCGAGGAAGUAUACAACUGAUCCUAGUCAAACAAACAGGAGUUACACCACAGAUCCAGUCCAUACAACAAAGUAUACCACUGAUCAUAGUCAUGCAAGCAUGAAUUAUUCCACAGUUCCCACCCAGACAACCAGGAAAUACCCCUCAUUUACCAGUGGCAUCACAACUCUCAGUCCUACAACCACUUCAGCUGAAACUACAGUUCCCAGCAUCUUCAUUACCACAGAAGACACAACAGUUCCUAGCUCCAAAAUUACUGCUGACAUCACGCCCAGCCCUGCGUUCAUCAACAAUGAUGUCACAAUGCCCAGAACCACCAUUGGCCGUAGUAACAACAUAGUCCCCACCUCCUCCACCUCCACUUGGGCUGAGGUUGAGCACAUGACUCCAAGAACCCCUAGACCAGCCAGAGCCCAAACCACUAAGGACAAGAGACCUAGAAUUUCCACAGUCACAAGCCAGAAAAAGGUUGUGACACAGACCACCACCACCUCUGGCUCACCCAAGAGGAAGGAGGGGUCCAGAGAAAAGAACUCGCUGGACGUUCCAUAUGUGAUCACCAGGACCGAAAACAAGAUCUCGCAGAAUCACUUUACUCCCCGAAAGAAGCACCCGCUGGAGAGAACACGCAACAAACGAAUUCAGGAGCUGCUGGCCGAAAAACGGAGGCAGAACCUGCUCCUCAGAAGGGUGAAAACAAAAAGGAGCCUUUGA